CUAAUACAUUACGAUGAUCUUCCCCCGUGGUUACAAGAAAACAAAUACAUUCGCAACAGCUAUCGGCCACUAAUGCCAUCAAUUAAAUCAUGUUUAAAAUCAAUAUUUCGUUUGCACACCGAGACUGGCAAUAUAUGGACGCACAUGAUCGGGGGCAUUUUAUUCGUUUGCCUUUUAAUUCAUGUUUUAUAUUGUUAUAGCGAUUGUUUGGUUCACAAAUGGGACGAAAAGUUAGUUUACGUGUCAUUUUUCGUGUCUGUUGUCACAUGUUUGGCACUGUCUUCCAGUUAUCACACAAUGUUAUGUCAUUCAGAAAAUGUGUACAAUAUAUUCCUAAAGUUAGAUUUUGUUGGUAUAACCGUUAUAAUCACAGGGCAUUACAUACCUUACCUGUGGUACGGUUACCAUUGUAUGCCAACUAAGCGAACGUUAUAUUUAACUAUUACAAUAUGUCUUGCGGUGACCACAAUUGGAGUCAUCCUUUCGGACACAAUGGCAAAGCCUAACUACCGUCUCCUCAGAACUGUAGUGUUCGCCACAUUUUCAGCGUUUGGUAUUUUACCCAUCAUUCACUUCCUAAGCCUCUAUGGUCUCGAUUACAUCUAUAGUCACCCCUAUCUCUCAACAGCACUAAUGUGUCUCAUCCUUAUGUCUUUCCUCCAUAUCGUCGGUGCAUUUCUCUACUGCUCACAAAUUCCCGAAAGAUUUUUCCCUGGAAAAUGUGAUUAUUGGUUUCAUUCGCAUCAAUUGUUUCAUACAAUAGUGGUUAUAGGAGUGAUUGUACACUACAUUGGAUUCACAAAUUUAGCCCUAUAUGUGCGCCAAUGGCCCGACAAAUUUUGCAAUCAAAUAAAUAUACAAUAUCCUUUGUUAUGAAAGC